AUGGACGACUUUGGGCUCUACGUCUUGUCCAACAUACUCUCAUUUCUUUCGGAAACCGCAGGAUGCUCCUUCUUGAUCACCCAGCAAAAAUGGACUCGUCAGAUCCUUCCUCUCUUUCGCCCACGCCAUUUGCAACCGCCAAAGGAUGGACUUCGAAUACUGACAGUCGAUGGUGGUGAAGCAAAGAAGAAGGAAAAGAAAAAGAAGAAUCGGCACAAGUUUGUCGUGGCUCCAGUGCACGAUGCGGCCACCCGACUGGAUCGUUUGAAUACCCGGCGCUGGAAGAAACGAAAACUACCGUUGACUAAGAAUAAUAACAAUAAGACGACCCGACAAGUGGCCUCUGGCGAAUUCCAACAUCCCACGGCCUUUCCUCCCCUUUUGCAAUUUCACAGUCCUACUGUUAAUAAUGCCUUUCAGCCUGGAAUUACACUCUUGGCAUCCUAUCCGCGGUCUGGAAAUACACUCUUGAGAAGUUUACUAGAAGGAGUCACGGGUUUGGUCACCGCCUCGGAUACUCGGGCCGAUCGGACCUUGUCGAAAGCCUUGGCGGAACAACAUGACCUAGUAGGAGAAGGAUUGUGUUUGCCACCCGUUACCAAAACGCAUUGGCCCGAACGAAAAGGCUGCUCCAAAUUCCGAGCCCAUCGCGCGAUAUUGGUGGUCCGCAAUCCAUUCGACGCCAUUGUCAGCUAUUGGAAUUUAGCCGUUACCAAUACCCAUACGAAAAAGGUGACAGAAGAAGUCUAUGAACGCUUUGCUACCUUUUUUCGAGAUUUGGUCCGGAACGAAAUGGUGGUAUGGUUGCAAUUCUUGGAGUUUUGGGUGACUCGCACGGAGAUUCCAGUGCUCUUGGUGCGAUACGAGGACUUGAUUGGAAAUCCAAGGCAGGAGCUGGAAAAAAUUCUCAAUUUCUAUGCUCUAGGAAGCUCUACUGAUGGAAGAAGAAUAUCAGCAGCACAAGUAUGGAAGAAUCGAUUGGAUAUCGUCGUGGCAAAUCAGGGUUCGCUUGGAUACCAACGGAAAAGUAGUACAUCACAAAAGUUGGAGCAAUCAAAUAAGGCAUCACCAUCCCCACUACCCAAGCCAAACGACUCGACUACUUCCAACUCGGCCAAACCACCAAAAUCUUCCAUUGGUAGAUCUAUUACCACCCGGUACUCUCCAGAACUUUUGCAAGAAAUGCACAAAUUGGACAGGGGGGGUUGGUUGAAACGAUUUGGGUACCAUGUCUUUGAUCAAGACUUUCCAAACAAUCUGCAAGAUUUGCCACCUCUGAGCCAGAAUUCUGCUGCUGCCAUUCAUCAUGAUAAUACUAGCAAUCAGCAGGGGAAAACAGCAGCAGCAGCAGUGGCAGCGGCUACAGUACUAGUCAACCAUCCCGAAAUGGAAUUGCGAGCACCAUCGUCACCCUAUGGACGCAAAAUGACGGAUUGGAGAAAAAAGUACACCAAGAACGACACGGAACCCUUUCCUACAGUCGGUUCAAGAUGA